AACGUUUCCACCAAUUUCUUGCGCAUCAAGAGAUCCUCCGCUCCAUAAAUAUACAUGAAUCCACGCCUCAACACUACACUGCAGCUGCAACGCUUGAAGAAACAAGCUACUCUUAUCGAUUACCGUCUACCGAUCAUCCGAACCAAGAGAAAAGAAGAGCAACUUAAUCAAUGGCGAGGCACCAGGCCGACCUUGUCAGGUGCGCGCGGCUGCCGGGCGUUACCGCUGGCCGCGUCUGCGCCGCGCACGACGGCCGGUGCGUGGCGUGUGACUCCAUGGUGCGGCCCGUCGCGCUCGCCCGCGUCUGCGACGGCUGUGGGCAGCGCGGCGGAGGCGAGAGGUGCGUGGUGUGCCGCGCCGGAGGAGUGGCAGACGCGUGCUACUGCAAGGGGUGCGUGCAGAUGGAGAAGGACCGGGACGGCUGCCCGGCUGUCGUCAACGUCGGGGAGGCGGGGACGGACGCAUUCUACGAGCGGAACAAGUACGGCUUGAUCAAAUGACAUGAUUGGUACCUGCUCGUUCCACAAAUCGAACUAUCAUGCUAUAUAUAGCUAUAUAUGUGAUUUGUUACCCAACACAUGUUGUACGAUCUUUCGUAUUUUGUUUUUAAAAGCAUUACAGUUUGCAUAAAAUACAUGUACCAAAGGGCCAAAUCAUCUUGCGGAUUAUUUAGUGGGAAUGUUCAUGCGACAAA